UCCAGGCCCUCCAGCAGGGAGCCCGUUAACUGUGUUUACUGAUCACACAACGUAUUUCCAAUCAUAACAACACAACGCCAGUGAACUAUGGCCGAGACGGACGAAAAAGGAUUUCAAAAAUACGUAGUUAGUACGGAUCGGAGUGGGGACAUCCAUGUUCAUGUACAGGGCGACCUCAGUCAGCAGGACAAGCGAUGCGUCUUUCUGACAGUACACGACCUUGGAACAAACCAUUCAUCCCUGGUAGAUUUCGUGACAUGUCCCGCGAUGUCAGAGAUCAAGGAGCGCUCUUGCUUCAUCCACGUAGAUGUUCCGGGCCAUGAAGAGAAUUCACCUGACUUGCCCGACUCGUAUCAGUUCCCGUCGCUGCAAACUUUGGGCGAAGACCUGAUCACAGUACUGGAUUUCCUGCACGUGCGCUACGCAGUUGGAUUGGGCGAAGGCGCGGGAGCUAAUGUUUUAGCUCGGUGCGGACUCGCCCACCCUCGGCGACUCCUCGGGCUCAUCCUCGUCAACUGCACGGCCUCCACUUCCUCCGUCGCUGAUGCGUUCCGCACCAGGUUCUCUCGAUGGAAGGGCGCCGACAUCUCCCAGUCAGAAGAGGACUUCCUCAUCUACCACAAGUUCGGCCACGUGAGUUAUGAGGAAACCCUCCAUUACCACUACCAGCAAAUAUCUUCGGAUUCGUGCGAGGCUGGCCCCGGCGAGCGCGAGCGCAUGCUCACCGAGUACCGCUCGCGGCUGCGCGGCAAUCUCAACACGCACAACAUCAAGCAAUACGUCAGAGCUUUCAUACACCGCAAAGACCUAAUGCUGAAGGGCUGCCAACCUGAUAUCCUGCUCAUCACCGGCAUGCAAAGCCCCUACUCCUCGGUCGUGGAGAAAAUGUACAGGGAACUGGACAAGGACAAGGUCACCAUCCUGAAGGUCGACAAGGCGGGCGACGUACUAGCUGAGGCACCCGCCAAAGUGUCGCAGUCCCUGCUCCUGUUCUGCCAAGGCCAGGGUCUGCUGACGUCGUUGCCGCCUCCUGGCGUUGAGCGACGCAUGUCCCGCGCCAUGUCGAUGGAGGAGUACGACAAGCCCAACAUCAGGCGGCUGUCCCUCACGCCCAGCGCGUGCGACUCGCCGCCGCCGAGGAAGCUCUAGGAGUUACGUAAGGCCGUCAACUCUUUGCCAGAGUAACGGCCCUUAGAAUUUAAGCAGUUCCAGCUACUGAAUGUUACUUAGGAACGAGGAGUGUUCACGAAUCAUACAAAAAUUGCGGUGUUUUGGAAUCCUCCAUCUAGUAUUGUUUUGCCUAUACCAUUUGUCAAUACCAAGCUGUCUAUACUGGUAGAAAUAAAGAUAUAUUUUUCCACUUAUCCAUAUUUUUAUAAGGAGAACGUUUUAACAGAAAUUACUGCAAUUUCUGUUUACCUAUUUAUUUUUUUCUAUAAUUAGUUAUCAGAUACUGAAAUAUAUCAGAAAUUAUUUCUUUACCUAUAUAUUGUAGUAAAGAUUUUCAUUGAUUGUUCUAAUAUAACUUGAAUAUUGAAGAACCUAGAAGUAGGUAUUUUGAUGAAAGGGGUUUCUGCCUAGCUGUAGUCGUGUAAUAAAUUAAUGUACAUUGUGAUUAGGUGUGUAUUUUGAAUAGAUUCCCAAGUACUCAUGAAAGUGUGCAUAAUCGUUUAUUGGGUGCAAUAGAAAUACUUUUUGUAAAUGUAACGCUUAAAACUAAGUAGGUUUAGUUAUUAGGUUCAGAUAACACUCAGGUGGAUGUUCAAUGAACGCACUAUGGCAUGAUGAACAUAGGCUGCCUUCCUUUGUAGAAGUUUAUAAUAAAAUUUUAUUUAUGUGAAUGAACAGGGUAAGCUGGCUAUACCGUACAUGCCAUCUCUGCUCUCGGGCCGAAUAGAGGAUCAAGAGCUUACCCAAUCACAAAUAAAAAACAGAAUUCAGGUACAUUUCCGCAAUGAGCUGCAGGCGACAACCGCAGGCGACACUGCGGCUAGCGCCUGCGGCUGACGGUGCACUAAAUGCAUUGUGCAGCCGCGCCAUGUCACGGCGCUCGGAAUCAAUUUAAUAGAGAUUUAUAGAAACGAGUAGUGUCGCCUGCAGUCUGCAGCUGCGGCCUGUAGUCUGCGGUUCAGUUCGGACUUGUAUCUUUCACCUUACCUUACCUCAUUUAACCUAAAUUAUUAACGAGAAGUAGUAAUAAAGCUUGUUUUUAAGAAUCUUAUAAUAUUUUUAAGACAUUCGUCAAAAAUAUUAAACUAUUUUUGAAUAAUUGGAAUAAAUCUGUGUUGGAAUCCUUACCCCUCGUUUACACCAAGGUCAAUACACGUGUAUUAACCAAAUUUUAUACAAUGUCUUAAUUUUUGACAUGUAUGAAAUAUGUUGUAUAGUAUACUAUACUUGCAUCAAACUUGUUGGAAAAACAAUAUGUGAAGUAAAUUAGUGAUUUAUACUUGUAAGAUACUAGUUGUCUAUGCAUUGUGAACGAAAGAAUGUCUUAAACAGCCACAACAAGUAUUCCACAAGUUUUGUUUAAAAAUAGUAUACGACUUCCUUCUUGGUGGAAACGAUGGGUCAUAAGUUAAAAAAUAAUUUGAAUAUAAAAAUAUUGUAGGAGACAGUAAGUAAUAUGUAGGAGACACAGUUUAUGUGAAAAAAUACUUCAGUAGCAUACAAAAGUAGCAGCAUGAAGGUUCAAAAAGUAUUAAUGUGGUAUCUAUACACGAUGUCUUAUCCUUAUUAAUAUUAAUAAGGAAUUACAUGUUACAAGUAAACGCUUGUAUUGUCGAUACCAUAUGAAUGGCCAGUUGCCAGUAAUACCACGGGUACAAGAGGUGUACCAGGUUUUCCCGUAUUUUCCAAUGUUCCCUUGGUGGUACAGUGGAAGAUCAAUUUUAACCACUCUACCCUUAGCCAUGAAUCAAAACAAUCAAGGGUAUACAGGAGAAAGGGUACACAGGAGCAAAAUAGUGAUCCCAGUAGCCCAACGGAAUCUUGAAAAAUAUAGACGUGAGUGAAAUCCCUAUGCAGCAGAAGAACAGAAAGGCAAUGUUCAGGAUUAGCAAAAUUGCAAAUUAGCAGAAGGAUUUGCAUAAAAGCAGCAGUACAGACCCAUACAGAAAACAAAAUAAAAUUAGAUACGUAGUUAUAGACAAAUUAGGUAAUUCGACUUUGUAACUUUGGCCCAGCGUAUCAAAAAUCCUAUUGCAGUGUCAUUUAAUAAACCCGUGAAAAAGUUUAUAUAAUAAGAUGAAAUCGACUUUUGAGAUGAGAAAAAACAAUGUCACAGACUGACUAUUUAUAGUAGCCAUUUACGUAUAUAAAGCAAAUAGGUCACAAAUUGAUUAUAAGUUUGUACAUACAUUAUCUGCCUUUAUGCAAAUCUGUCCUCUAAUCUGGGAUUUUGCUAUUCCGAGAUAUUAAUCUGUCCGUCUGCUGUUGGGGGUGGAAUAGAUAUUCCGAAUUAUAUAAUACAAAGUCCUCCAGUAUGUCUGGAUUGCGAAAGAAAUCAAAGCGUGUUACCAUGAUAAGCCCACAACAAUAAGCGAUGAUAGAUGUAAGUUGUUUUAAAAUAUUUUUGUUACUAAAUUAUUAUUGUAAAUUAAAGUGGAUGCAAUUUAAAUAUAUUUUAGCUAGAUUUAAUAAUAUGGAUUUAUUUUUUGUUAUGUACAAACUACAUGAACAUUUUAUUACCAAAAUAGAUUUCUGUAAGUAUUUUACCAUUAUUUAAAUAAAAAAUAUUAGCUGAAAGCCCUAUUGUUUUUAUGAGAACCCAAAAUAAAAAUACCAGAUAAAAUGAACACAAUUUAUUAAACGCGGACUUGAGACGGUACACUGAAAUUUCCACGACACGAAUGGACGGACACAAACUACUACACAUUUACACUUAAUAUAGAGUCAAAAUUUACCGCACACUGCGCGAUUCGCCACAAAACACGUCCAAAAUCAAUCAAAGAUAUAAAAAAAAAAUCACAUUUCUUCGUCCAGCAUUUGCUCAAAAUUUAGCAAAAACAUCCAAAGAAAAAACUAUAUAUAACACGUCGCAAGACUGCUGGACGGAGAAAACAAGCAAGGGAGACACAUUUUAUAGUCAAUCGCUCACUAAGCUUUCCAUCGCUCGGCACGAAAAUAACUAGUUCACGCGCCUGUCGUGGCAUUAAGAAUAUGGCUCCAGAAGCUUGACAAUGUUAUACUCCUUUGCCUGGUCGCGGGAAGGCAACUCGCAUCGUCCGACCUUGGCGGACAUUUUCGAACCUUUAAAAAUUUCCACUGAACUGCCAUAAUCAAUAUUAUCAAUGCGGCCGCGGUUUUGUGGCGUCCGCUUCGGUGGCGACGAUACAGCCGCCAACUAAUAUUCGCGCUCAGCCAAAUCGUUCGACGACAAGAGCAUUAUUAAAUUGAUCUCGAUAGAAAUCGUGCUAUCUCGGUACAUGGGACAUCUGUUCUGUUCGUCAAUACUCAGUUUUCUAUGAAUCCAGCAGGCAAUCGGCCAGCACCUAUGUAGUCUUCUAGUUAGCUGGCUAUAAAUUUCAGGUCUUCUCAUUACAUAGAGAAAGUCAUCUGUGUUGUCACGCCUAUCAGCACCUUAGCGGCUUUAAUUCAUUUCAUUCGGUCAAAUAGAAAUCUGUUCUUCACUUCAGGAUUCAAAUGGUUGUGAAUAUCGGUGGGACAUGGAUAUCUCCAGUCCCUUCAGUUAAAUAGUUUGAAGUCGGAGUGAAUGCUACCACAGUGGCAAAGGCGCGUGUGCGUAUAACUGAUGACGUCACAACUCGUCGUCGCAGCCAGGCUGCAUGUCUGACGUUUCAAUGCCUACUUCGUCGUAAUCCCGCUCUAGGGCAGCUAAGUCUUCGCGUGCUUCUGAGAACUCGCCUUCUUCCAUACCUUCGCCAACGUACC